AAAUGCAAAUUAGGGCUUUAACUUUUUAAUGCGAAAAUUGCAUCUCUGUAAAAAAAACACCUUUAAAUUAUUUAAAAAAAAGAUUCUGACAAUGUUUUUGUGAAGAAUUUACAUUUUUUUUUUUGCAGUUUUCUAGAUAUCCCAAAGUCCUUCUCUUCUAUGAUAUGAACAAUAUUGAUUUUUGGCUCCUUUUUAGACCGUUCAGUCCAGCUCCUCCCGGAAUCUGUGCUCUCAAUCCACGCAAAAACAGAAAUGCAAAUGCGCGUUUUUUGCGUUUUACGCGCACUGAAGCCUCAGCCAAUUACUCAGUCAGUAUUCCGCGUUUACACUUGUUUUAAAAAACGGGAUAGAGCUUCAGAUUGAUUGAUGUGGGCUUUAACCAUCGACUGGUUAAUCCUAGUGAAUGGCAAAUGCUUAAGCCAAUUGCCGUGAAGGCAGUUUAUAUUCCCAUAGUGUAUUUUAUUUUGGGAAAGCAGGAAAAAAAAAGAACAUUAUGACACUGAGAGGAACGAUUAUCCAGACGUGAAGCUCACAAAUCCAUCUGUGGCAGGAAUCCGCUGGCUUAGGAUUUGGACCUGGAUCUGAACACAUCCAUCUCCUCUCACAUGCGCACGCUCAACCAUCCCGUGGUUUAGUUUAAGACUGCUAUGUCGUGACCGGAACGAUGCAAAUGUCACACGAUUUACAGGCUCAUGUCAGUCUCCGUUACGAGCACGUCAAUGUUUUGGCUGCUUCUGGAUGAAUUUGUCGGCGUGCCGGCCGCUUCUCGCCGCGGAGAGCAUUCGAUAGACUUGGUCGGGCUCGCUUCAGCACCUGGACAGCUCCUUCGGAGGGUUCCCCGCUGCGCACGCGGGGGAAACUGGGCUGGGGGAGCGGGACCCGCUUCUGCAUCUGGAACAAGCAACCCCCCCACACCCCCCAGCCAUCAUCACGGCCAGGAGGGCCCUCGCUCGAUCGCUGGGAUAGCUCUUAAAGGCUAACAUGCCGAGAGACGAUGCUCCUUGCGUUUGAGCUGCAGCCUCCACUCGGGUUUGCACUGAAAUCCACGCAGCGCGACGCAGCAGCGGGGGAAGGCACUGCUGCAGCCGCCGCUGCUGCCUCACUCACUCUUAUCCCCACUGACUGAGGGAGAUAUCGCUGUCAGCGAGGGGGCAACGGGAGGCACGGUUACCCCCAAACAAUGGACGCCUCACACAGGGACGUGGAGCAAGCGGGUCUGUCAGACUUGGAGAUCAUCUCUCAGCCGGUGGACGACGAGAACCAGUGCUUGGCUCCUCCGGUGCAGCUGGUCAGCUUUGGCUACAGAGAUUUACCCCUGGCCGCUCUGGACCUCUCAUUGGCGGGUUCACAGCUGCUUUCCAAUGCAGAUGAGGAUGAAAACAGGGAGGGGUCCAACUGGCUGAAGCCGUGCUGUGGGCGUCGGGUGGCUCUCUGGCAAGUCUGUCUGCUCAGCGCUGGCUUCAACUGUGUUCUGGUGGCCUGCGUCCUCCUGGUUGUGCUUUUCCUCUCUUUGGAGCUGCUCAUUGACACCAAACUUCUACAAUUCUCUAAUGCUUUCCAAUUUGCCAGCAUUAUCCACUGGAUCAGCCUUAUCAUCCUGUCACUCUUCUUUUCAGAGACAGUCUUCAGAAUUGUAGUGCUCGGGAUCUGGGACUACAUAGAGAAUAAAGUUGAGGUGUUUGAUGGAGCUGUCAUUGUGCUGUCUCUGGCCCCAAUGAUGGCCUCUACAGUUGCCAAUGGGCCCAGCAGCCCGUGGGACGCCAUCAGCCUCAUCAUCACCUUACGGAUUUGGAGAGUCAAGAGGAUCAUUGACGCGUAUGUACUGCAGGUGAAAGUUGAGAUGGAAUUGGAGAUCCAGCAGUGUGAGAAGACCAAGGCUGUUAGAGAGGAGCAGCUGGAACGCCUCACUCAGAUCUGUCAGGAGCAGGCUUUUGAGAUCAGACAGCUGAGAGCACAUCUGGCCCAGCAAGACCUGGACCUGGCUGCAGAGCGGGAAGCAGCCAUGCAGAUUCACCACGUAUGGGGCAAGCAAGGCCGGAGCUUUCACGUUGUAGAAGGUUUGACACCGGGGGAGUCUGACGAUGAGGGUGGUCAGAGGAAUCCCAGGGAGUCGCAUGUCAGUGCAGAUCCAGUUGUGCGUGACGACAUGAACAACUACAUCAGUCAAUAUUACAGUGAGGCAAGCAGUGAUGCAGGAGUGUCUGGUUUGGGUACUCGGGUCAUCACCACUGCGGCGAUCGACAUCCACCUCCCCACCGGUCCGAACCCCAUCCAGUCGAAUGCGAUGCUUGCUGUGGAGCGGGUGGGCAGUGUUAUAAAUGAGUCCUCCACCAGCAUUUCCCGCUCCAGUGGCAGCCUGACAGCCCGCCCUCUCAGCUUGAUCAACCAGACUCCGGGCUCGUCAACGACGGACUGCAGCACCGCUCAGGACCUCAGUCUGAGCUACACCUCCCAUCGCUGCAUCCCACCUUCCUUCUCAGGCUCGGACCCCUGCAGGGACCCCUCAGCAGUGAUGCAGGAGCUACUUUCCUCCCUUUCUGAGGAUUCUUGCCUUGCUCAAAAGGGCCUGGCAGUAAACCUUGUCAACCUUAAGCUUCCCAGUCCUACUGGUUCAGAAAAUGCCAGUCCUGAGUUGGACAACAGAAUAAAUAUCUUCAACCGCAGGAACCAAGGCUGUGUUCUGCUGCAGACCAAGCCACUAAUCCACCUGCAGGGCAGCAGCACUGAGCCGUCUCUGGAGGAGAAGUACCGGCUGCUGGGCCCAGCGGACUCGCCUCUGGGACACACGCCUGACACAUAAGUUGCACACAUUUACACAGAAGUUUUUAUUCUCUUAUAAAUGCGGUUCUAUUUGGCAUUUAUCUGCUCUCUUGUGAGAUCCAACCUCAUGAGAUUGACUGCACAAGAUUUGAGAAAGGGGAUUUAUUUUAAUUGCUGUGUUACUUCAUUAUUAGUCAGUUUAGAGCAAGCUUGAGCCGUAGCUUCCAGCUGACACUAAAGUACCUCCAUUGACUGUGUUCAGAGGUAAGUAGUAGGAAUGAAAAUUCUUCUAAUGCAGUCUACCAUACUGGUUUUUCAAAUCAAAAAUCCCUGACAUAGCACAAAAACAAAAGGCUAAAACAUCCGUCUGAUUUUUGGUGGACAUAGCCUUUAUCAGGAAUUCUUAAAACUUUGAGACGUCAGCAAUGCACUGAACUUAACAAGAAUCAAAACCAGCAAAGGGCCAAUUAAGCCUAAAUGGAACUAAAACACAGACGCUGAACACACUUCAGGCAGGUAAGGGGGCGUUUUCUGAUGCAUUUUUAUUUUCUUUCUUUUGAUUUGUAUUUCAAUGUUAAACUGACUUAUGCUGUUCUUUGUUCAAACAGCCACAGGGUAUAUAAGGCAGGACUUAAAAUUCAAACAGCCAGUUUUUUAAACCUUUGCCUUCCUGUCACCCAUUUGAAACUAUGAAUCAUGAAAACAACCUUCUGAAAGGCAUUUUGGGUUUUGGAAUAAUAGUAUUAGUUUUUGUUUGGAUGAAAUGAGAAGGGAACUGAGUGGACUCCUCACAUGAGUGCUUGUAGCAUGAACCUUUAAAGACAUGUGCCAUAAACAGGUGAGCAAAUUCUUUGCACUUUAAUGUUUACAGACUAUUUUGUAAACUUGACAUGGAGAGAGUUGUUGCCAAAUGCAGGAGUUAUUUGAAUAAAAACAGCAAAAAUAAAACUUGGUAUUUCCCUAAA